AUGGAUGUGUCUCGGAGUGCCAAAACAGUCCUGGUAACUGGGUGCACUCCCGGGGGCAUCGGUUAUGAGUUGUGCAAGAGUUUUCAACUUCGAGGAUGCACCGUCAUUGCCACGGCUCGUCGACCAGAAGUUCUUCAGGAGCUCGCAGGGUCGGGCAUGAUUGUCUUACCGCUCGAUGUUACGGAUUCCAAGAGCAUUGCCGCUUGCAAAAGUCAAGUAGAAGAAAUAACUCGAGGUCGUCUCGACAUAUUGGUCAAUAACGCCGGCGUCUCACACACUAUCUCCGCCGCUGACAUUGAUAUGGAUGACGUUCGCAAGACAUUCGAAACAAAUGUUUUUGGGGUCAUGGCGAUGACGCAGUCGUUUCUUGAUCUCCUUGUUUCUGCAAAAGGUGUGAUCGUUAAUAUGAGCAGUCUCGCAUCCAUCACCCCAUAUGUAUACGGUUCGGUAUUUUGCGCUACAAAGGGGGCAAUCAAUUCCUACUCUCGAACAUUGAGACAGGAAAUACGGCCUUUUGGUGUCCGCGUCAUGGUCGUGAUGACGGGGUUCGUAAAGACUACGAGUGGUACUAAAGUCUACCGGGAACUGCCAGAAUCUUCAAUCUACAAGGUGGUUGAAGAUGCGUAUCUCAGGAAGCUUCGGUACUCGGAGAAUACUUCGAAGAUGAGCGCGCAAGACUUUUCCGCUCAGCUGGUGGAAAGAAUUCUUGAAGACAAGAGCUGGUUUUGGCCCAUUUUUGGGCAGAAAAAUGACUGGAUCUGGCUUGGGGGUAGUGCCUCGCUGGCGAGAUGGGCAACCUGGAUCGGCGAAUGGGUAUUGGACGCGGUGUUGUAUCGGAGGUUUGGCCUGGAUGUGUUGGAAAGGAUAGUGACGCAAAGACGGUUGAAUUAG